CCAUUCUCCUCACUCGAGCUCACAUCAAACAGCUCUCGUGCAUUCGAAGGCUGUCCAAGAACACGCAAGCGCAACAUGUUCAGCAGUAGCAAGAUCGCCGCCGUGUGCCUCGCCGUCGUGGCGCUAACCAACAGCGCGUAUGCUGAGAAGGAGGCCGCCCAGACGUUCGGACUGCUUGGCGCUGGUCUGCACGGUGGUGCGGGACUCUAUGGAGCUGGCGCUGCCGGUCUUCAUGGUGGAGCCGGCGCUGGUCUGCACGGUGGUGCGGGACUCUAUGGAGCUGGCGCUGCCGGUCUUCAUGGUGGAGCCGGCGUUGGUGCUGGUCUGUACGGUCGAGGUGCCGGCUAUGGUGGUGCUGGUGCUGGGCUGUACGAUCGAGGUGCCGGCUAUGGUGGCGCUGGUGCUGGUCUGUACGGUCGAGGUGCCGGUUUGGGUGGUGCUGGUGCUGGGCUGUACGAUCGAGGUGCCGGCUAUGGUGGCGCUGGUGCUGGUCUGUACGGUCGAGGUGCUGGUGGCGUUGGUGCUGGGCUGUACGGUCGAGGCGCCGGAUAUGGUGGUGCUGGUGCUGGGCUGUUUGGUCGGGAAGCCGGCUACGGAGGCGCUGGUGCUGGGGUCGGAGCUGGCGUUGGCGGCGCGGGCCUCGGUAACGGAUACGGCGGUGUUGGUGUCGGAGGAACUACGGGUGUCGGUGCUGGUGCCCGGUGUCGGAGGUAGUGUGAGUGGUAACGUCGGUGCUGGCGUGGGCGUGGGCGGUAAUGCUGCUGUCGGCGCUGGUGUGGGCGGGGCUGCGAACGGUGGAGUGAGUGCUAAUGCUGGUGUCGGCGCGGGAGCUGAUGUCGGAGUGAGUGUCGGCGGCACUGCCAGUAUCGGCGAAUCGGUCCGUAUGGGAGGAGCCGCAAGUACUGGUGCGGGUGGAGCUACGACAACGACGGACGGCAGAACUAGCACAUCUACGUCGCAGAACGGCGUGGCCAAGGCAACUGCAACUACCACGACUGCAGGCACGACCACCGGCACCGCCGGCACGGGUGCUUCGACGAAGCAGACAGGUUAUCGCAUGCUGCGAUCGCACAAAAACCCACCGCUCCUCACCCAGGGCAAACACCGCUCCAUCACGGUGCAGGGCAACCAAGAGAGACACAUCUUCUAA